GAAAUCGCUUCAUCAUAUCCCCCUCCUUCAUUCUUUUAUACUAUACCUUUAACUUUAUUUAUUGCUGAGUUAGGCUUCCUGUUCUAGAGAUUAAUUUACCUAAUUGACAAAGAAAAAAAAAAAAGUCAAAAGCAUCGGUAUAGAUAAACUAGGAUUCAUUAACCUUAAUUUUUUUUCAAUUUGAAAUAUUUGUGGCCAUCGAUCGUAACCUGGAUUUUGGUUUUUGCAAAAGACAAAUAACAAAGGACAACCAAGACAGUUGUUUCUGAAAUUUCACAAUUGGACGAAAAAAUCAACAAGCAUCACUUGUCUAACUUCAUUAAUAAACCAGUUGCACUGAACAACAACUACGGUCUCUGGUUUGGUUCAAUUUUCCGCAUCAUUUCUCGGUCAUAUAUAUAGCACAAACCUAGGCUAUAUCUUGCAAUUUUAACAAUAAUGGGAUUCCAAAAUGGACAAAUAAAGGAUGAAACGACUGAAACACCUAAUGGGGUGUUAACGUCUGCCUCAGCGAAUUAUAAGAAUAUGGCUAUAAAUCUGAUCCUUACGAAACCAAAAGAGCACAACAAACUAGUACUUCCACCAAUUGACUCGUCCAUAAACUCUUUAUCAAAUAGUGACAUUCCUAAUCAUUACUAUAACGAGCAACAGUACAAACCAACGGAUACUAAUGGUUCAUCUUCAUCGCCAGAGUAUGUGAAUACUUCAACCAAUACAGUUGACCCUUAUCAAAGGUCAUAUGUCAUGCAAAUGAAUCAAACAUAUAUUGCAAAUUAUCCAUACAUGCAACCAACCUAUAAUGCAGCACCUCAUCAAAUGCUUCCUACAGGCGCCCCAAUACACCACUCUCUACAGCAAUAUCAUCCAGGUGCUCCAGGUAUGGAUAUUGCUAAUAAACGCGGAAGAAGAUUCCGUAGACGCUACAACCAAAUUGUGAGGAAGUACAGUUGUUCGUAUCCUGGUUGCAUAAAGAGUUAUGGCUCUUUAAAUCACUUAAAUACUCAUAUUGUUACAAAAAAACAUGGUCAUCGUAAAUCAAAGGCUGAUUUUCAAAAUACAAACAACGAUAGAAAUAAGGAUAUUAAUAUUAAAGAACAACUGAUAUCAACAGGUAAUCAAUCUCAACAACAACAUCAGCAGCAGCAACAACAACAACAAAAUGAUUAUAGUUCCGGCAAUUAUUGGUAUGGUAACUACCCUCCACAACAACAAUUACGUGCUUCAAGUACUGCAUCAAUGGAAACUUCGAAUUCCAUGAACCAACGUCAAACUCCAAGUUAUAUGUAUUAUCACCAACCAUAUCCAACCACUGCCGCAGCAGCUGUUGCAUCGGCACCAUUGGCGCCACCACCAUCAGUAAUUACCCAGCCAUUGCCUCACCACAGUGCAACCCAACGAUAUCCUACAAUUCCUAUGUAUCCAUCUAUGGGAAUCCAACAAGUAUAUCAACCACCUGCAUUGGUUGCAGUUGCUGGUGCAGGAAGCAGUAAUGACAAUUUAGAACCAAGUGGGGAAUCUCAAAAGGACACUAAUACUGCUAUUAACCAGGGAUUACCUUAAAUUAAUUAUGAUAUUCAGUUUCAGUUCUUGAUUUGCCAUUAUUUAUUAUGAUGUAUUUGUAUAAAUUUGUAAAUACAAAUUAAUUAUUCAAUUCGUAUGUAGUAAACCGCCAGAUUCGAUCACAAGUGCAGCCAGUGAAAUUCUAAACGAGAUGCUUUGCUAUGAUAGAAAAUAUUAGCAAUUGUGCAUAUCCGUGGAAUGAUGAUAAAACAAUGGACCCUAGUUUUAUCACAAGCAGCCACACUCGUAUAGUAUAUUGUGUUGGAUCUCUUGUUCUUGGUUGGAGAAUGCCCAACAAACUACCAAGGUGAGGGGACAGUUCCAAUUGAACCGGGGAUAAGGAUUGUUAAUGACAAUGCAACGGAAGGGGUUUGGAACAUUUUGCAAUCUUCCCGAACCGUUGCAAUAGAUCCGUUG